CAGCACAUGUACACAGACAAACACACACGACGGGAGCUGCGUCUGCAGGCAGCCAGCUGUGCCGGCGCCAAACGUAACACUAUAUUUUCAGUGAGUACUGUUAUCUGAACAGCCUAAAUAAAUAAAUAAUUACCGGUACAGCAAAUAAUAGCCAAUAAUCAGUGAUUGAUUUUAAGCUGGCCAAUUAACCUGGGCCCCUCUCACACAAUUCUAUAAAUCUAUAUUUAAACACUGUUAGUGAUGCUGAUGUUCUUAGAAGGCUCAGAACCACAGAGACUGUUUUGGUUGCCCAGGCCUUGUGGGGUGGAUUUUUUCGGAUCUGUCAGCAGCGGUGCAAACCCCCCUGGUAGUAACACCAGGACCCCCUCGACCUCCUUAGCUGACCUGAUUAAUUCCUGAAGAAAAUAUGAGGUAGAAAUCUAAGCAUUUUGAAACCACUGACACUGAAAGACCAACAUUUUUGUAACAUCAAAUAAACACUUUGAUCAGACAUGACCUACUUCAAAAAUUAUUAAUGGCGAAGAGAACAGGCAACAGCAACACUGACCAAGGACAAGGACCAACAACAUGAACUAACAGUAUGGAACAACAUCAUUGACCAAUCACAGAAGUUAAAGACAUUCAGACAACUACUUGAACAAACAAUAGCAUCAACAAAACAACUGCAAGGGGUUCACUGCAAGGGGUUCACUGCUUUACUGCAGAUGAAUUGACAAGAUGAUGGUGAGUAAUAACCACGUUGCAGCUAGAGACAUAUCUAUAAAUGCAGCAAAUGCAUAUGCAAAAUAGGCAUAUGCAACAUCUAUAUGCAGUAAACACAUGUGCAACAUACUGUAGAUAUAUGCAUCACCCACAUAUGCAACAUCUAUAUGCAGCAACAUCGACAUAUCCAUAAAGCAUAAAGACCAUAGACAUCAACCGAAGACACAUAGCAACAACAUAGAUCAACAACAUUUACACAUAUGACUUCUACUUAUUUUUGAUACAAAUGGAACCCCAUAUUUUUUACUGCUUUUCAUUGGAUGCUUAUGUUAGUUAUUGAGUUGUGAUUUUAUGUCGUUUUAAGUUUGUCACAUUUUAAGAGGUUUUUAUUAGUUCGGAUGUGGCCGUCAGGUGUGUCUGGCGGAUGGCUGAGGUUUUCUCCACGCUGACACAGAAGAAUGGCAUCAAGGUGGGUCUCCAUGCAGCGUGGAGAAAGUUUGUUUGGCUGUUGGGGAGCUGAUUGGACAUGGCUCUAUCAAGUCCGCAGCUUGAAUGAUAUGAUAUCAGAUGCUGCAGAUCUUCUCUCAGUCUGUUGCUGAGAGCGUCAUGUUUUUUGCCAUCAUCUGUUGGGGCAGAGGCAUCAGAGCCAGGGACAUAAAAAGGCUCAAUAACCUGAUAACGAAAGCUGGUUCUGUUCUGUGGCACCUCUGAAGAUUAUUAUGCAAAGAAGGAUUCUUCAUAGAAUCAAGAAAAUUAUGGACAACCCUGGUCACCCUCUUCAUGAGACUGUCUUGGGAAAACAGUGUCUACAGUCAGAAGCUUUUAAAGAUUUACUCUACAGACUGCUACAAGAGAUCUUUCCUGCCAUCAGUUAUCUACAAUAACUCUAUGAAGAAAAUGAAUUAAUACGAGUAACAACAACAUUUAAUUUCCCUUUGGAAUCAAUAAAGCAUUUUUGAAUUUGAAUUUUUAUUCAUAGAUUCCUGUGAUCAGUGUCACUGAUCUUACAACGCCUUUACAAUAAUUUAGGGCAUUAAAAACAAGAUUUAAUGAGUAACCCAUUUUAAAAAAUCCCUCAUGAACAUUGAUUCAGUGUUUCUCGAUACAAGUUAUGCAUUAUGUAAAUCAUAACUUACCUUGUUUUAUUUUUAAACCUUUUUUGGACUUGCAUGUUCUGGAUGACUGAGAACAAGUAGAUAGAAAUAAAUAUCUGGGCAGUAUUACUUAAACUUAAGGCUCAAAGCACCAGGGUUUUCCUAGAAAAAUAUUCAGAUUUUAUUUCGUGGUUUUAAAGGCUGUACGUUAACGAUGGUAAGAAAUAAAUGCAUGCUGUCUUCUUUUCAAUCUACUGUCAGCUGCUAUGCUCUCUCUCUCCUCUGGUCUCAGUGUGUUAUGAGACAGAUAAUCUGUGGAAAAAUCAAGCUCUUCUGAUCCCGCUGCGCGCGCGCGUGAUGCUUCGUUAGAACCCUCUCCUCCCUCCCUUCGCUUCUACUACGUCUCCUUGAUUGCAGCAGGAAAAUGAAGCAACACAGAAACAUUUGCAGUUCAUUCGUGAUUCGAGCAGCAGGUUUAGGACGCUGCACGAGAGGCGAACCUCUGAGCUCCGACGCCAUUGGGUGGAGGGAAGCUGGGAUGCGCUUUCUGAGCAGAUUGUCGCCUGGCUGUGUGGACGCCCUCUGAAAAUGGUGUAGGCUAUAAUAAUAAUCCCGGCGCAGGCAGGCCGCUUCUGCUCCAUGGCGAUGAGUGACGGAAGGGAAAAUUGGGCUUUUUCUUCUUACACCGGACGCUUCUGAGAUGAGGGAUAAAAAGAGGAGGAAGAAGAAAUUGGCGUUUGAUUUUUAGGUUCGGAUUACAGCACAUCGAGAUGGAUUCUAUUUAGGAGUAGGUUUAUAUUAUUAUUAUUGUUAUUAUUAUUUAUGAUUUCCACUCAAACCCUUUUGGGUGGGGGCGAGCAGGAGCGAUGAUUUGAUGCGGGAGAUACGCAACAUUCAUGGCGAACACAACAGAGUUCGGGGAGAGCAGCGCGUCCUUCCACAGCUAUGCAUCCACGGCCUCUGCGGUCAAGCUGGCCUCCCUGGGGCUCAUCAUGGGCGCGAGUCUGCUGGGCAACGCGUCGCUGUCUCUGCUGCUGCUGAAGGACAGUUCACUGCACAAGGCUCCCUACUACUUCUUGCUGGACCUGUGUCUGGCCGACGUGCUGCGCUCGGCCGUCUGCUUCCCCUUUGUGAUGGCGUCUAUCGGAGCCGGUUCCGAUUGGCCGUAUGGCGCGCUCAGCUGCAAAAUUGUCGCCUUCAUGUCGGUGCUCUUCUGCUUCCACGUCGCCUUCCUGCUCUUCUGCGUCAGCGUCACCCGCUAUAUGGCGAUCGCCCAUCACCGCUUCUACUCCAAGCGCAUGAACCUGUGCACGUGCGUGGCGGUCAUCUGCAUGGUGUGGACCCUCUCCGUGGCCAUGGCCUUCCCGCCAGUGUUCGACGUGGGCACCUACAAGUUCGUGCCCGAGGAGGAGCAGUGCACGUUCGAGCACCGCUACGUCAAGUCCAACGACACUCUGGGCUUCAUGCUGAUGCUCGUGGUCAUCGUGGGCACCACACACGUGGUUUACGUGAAGAUGCUGUGCUUCGUUUACGACCACCGCAAGAUGAAGCCAGCCCAAUUGGUGCCGGCCAUCAGCCAGAACUGGACCUUCCAUGGGCCCGGAGCCACCGGGCAAGCUGCAGCCAAUUGGAUCGCUGGCUUCGGGCGUGGGCCGACGCCGCCCACGCUGGUGGGCAUCCGGCAGGCGUCGCACCCUGGCAAUAGGAGGCUGCUGGUGCUGGACGAGUUUAAGACGGAGAAGCGCAUCGGGAAGAUGUACUUCCUGAUCACGCUGGCCUUCCUCGUUCUGUGGGCGCCUUACAUUAGCGCAUGCUACUUGAGGAUAUUCGUGCGCGGGGCUCCCAUCCCGGAGCUCCACCUGACAGCCGCGGUGUGGAUGAGCUUCGCCCAGGCGGGGGCCAACCCCAUCAUCAGCUUCAUGUUCAAUAAGGAGCUGCGGGUUAGACUCAGAGCCUGCUUUUCCUGCUGCCUGGGAACACAGACACCCAUGGAGCCAUACUGCAUCAUAUGAACCCUCUAGGCCCCGCUCCCCAAAUAUACAGCCAAAGACUGACAUUUAUGCACUGUAAAAACUGCUGACUCAAAAUGAACCGGAUGUGUGUAAGUUUGCUCAAACAGGGACUUUGUUUGGGUUAUUUAACCAGCUUACACUGAUAAAAACAAACUGGUAGGGUUUAACUAAUCAAAGUGGUCUGUAUACAUUUUAUUUGGGAAGAUUUUAAUCUAAAGUCUAUAAGUUUCAUACGUAAAAUGCAAAUAAAUUUAAUUCUACAAGUUUUGAACAUGCUUAAAAAUUCUCUCAGAUAAAUAAGGUUCAUGUCGGUAAGCUGUCUUUUUACUCCCAAGUUAAAAAGAAACGGUUUGUAAUUAUGACACCAUGUUAUUAAUAUGAAAUAGGUACAUAACAGGAGUGUGACAACUUUAUGGGAAAACCACAAUUUUUUGUUAAUGUUUACAAAAUGCACUUGAAAGAAUCUGAUCAGUGUAGAAAAGUCCAAUCCAGGUUUGAUAACUCCAGUUAUUUGAGACUUUUGUCAAAAUAGUGGAUUCUAACAGUGAAAAAGUUUGAAAAUGUUUCCUUUUGUUUUUUCACCGAUGUGACAUUUUUACAAAUGUCCAACUGGUCAGGUUCAGAUUUCACCAUUCUACAUAUUUUAGGGCUUUUUCUCACUUAUUUUCUUAAGUUUUGUCCAAAUCAGUUGAGUUUCUUUGCUUGUGACUUUCUCCUUUUGUUCAGUUUCUCCGUGAAAGUGAAAAGUGAGAACCAGUCUGAAUAUUGGUCAGUUGUGUCUGAAAUGUAAACACAGGAAGCAUAUUCUGUGUGCUGAGGUUAUAGAGAAUACAGAUAAUUUAAUCAUAUCAGUAGUGUGUUUCUGGGUAUUUCAGAAAAAUCAAGGCCCUGAUUUUUUGGGGGCAGCCCAAAGAUUUUUCUUUUUAAAAAAUACAUGCUUUGCAAACAUUGCACUUGAUACAAAACUCACAAACUGCUACCAGGAGAGUUGUACUGAUGUUUUUGGAGUUUUUAUUAAUAUAAACAAUAUUCAAGUGUUUGAAAAGGGAAUUUAGUAGAUUUCUUUGGAAACAGCAUGAAAAUAUUGGCAGGGGAUGUAUUAAACCGACCAUGCAUCAAUCCAAACCUGCUCAUUUGUAGGACUAUGUAUUAAAGUUCUGUAAUUUGCAUUAGUGAAACAAUUUUUCUGUUGUGAAUAGAUCACCAAAACUGGCUCCAGCCCAGGGCCCACAUCCUUGUAAAUCCAACCCUGUCUACAAAAUAAUUUUGAGAAGACAUCUUGAAAAUUGCAUACAGUUCUAUGCUUUAUGAAAAAAAAUGUUUAGCCAAUUUUUAUUACUCUUACACAUCACACACAGUGUGCAGCUCAAACCUGGCUAUGGGAAGCUGUUUGACUCAAAUUUGCAGUGUACACCUGAUAUCCGUGUUGCAUUGAGAUCGGAUCACAUUCAGACCAUAAAUUAACUGUUCUGGAGUUCAUUUGAAACAGUACUGAGAGCGCCUCCUCCAAAACAGUCCUGGUACAGUUGUUUCAUUGUCAACAAUAUGUUCACAUCUACCCAGACAAACUCCACAGGGUGGAAAGAACCAUAGUUUGUCUUAGAUGAAGUUCGUCUUAACUGGUAUGAAAACACCCUUAAAUUUAGAAUCACAAGCACACAAAUUAAGUUCAGGUUCCUUAAAAACCUUUUACUUUUAGGACUAAUCGAAAGCUCUGAAGAAGAUGCUAGUUUUUACAUUGUGAAUUAUUGUUUGCCAGAGUCGGUAUUCUCACAAUUUUUACAAAUCAAUUUUAUUUUGUUUGUCACUAUAACAAAAUCUGACUGUUUAAGCACCUUGGCUUGAAAUUUCUUUACAUGCAAAAUGGAAGUGGUAAGAGGUAUAAUAUGAAUGAUAGUCACAACAUCUAGGUAAGAAUUAUUAAAUGAAGCAAAUUGCCCCACAGUCUAUGGAUAACAAAAUUAA